AUGUACGGAGAUGAAAGACACAUAUCGGUAUUACGUGCAGAAUUGGAAAGUAACGACGUUGAAUUUUUCACGAGUCCGAAAAUAAAAGAUGAAUUCCGAAGAAGGUACAGCAAAGACAUGGACGGUACGAAAGAAUUCGUUAAAAUGUUCAUACACAACAGCGAAAGUAGAAAAUUUGUAGAUAAUUCAAACGGAGAACAAACCGGGGGGGGUGGGAAAUUGGAAAAAAAUCAAAAAUCAAUUUCCGAUGGGGAAACUUCCAACAAUAACGUUUUGUAUAAAACUGAAUUGAAAAAUUUAAAAACUGAUAAUUUCAAACCGGAAAUGGGUAAUAAAAUUUUUUAUAAAAAUCCUUCAUCUACUACCACGACUACCAGUACUACUACCAGUACUACCACUACGAGUACUACGACGACGACGACCGUGUCGCCAAGUACUGUCGCCGAUGCGACAUACGGAACAUUUACAAGUGACGGAUUAUUAUUAAAUAACAACACGACGGAAACCGGAAAUUACACUUUUUUAUCACAAACGGAACCGACGACUCAACCGGUAGCAUCACGAACCGAAACCAUACAAUUUAAUUUAACCGGAACAACAAUCGCUAACGAAACAACAAACGAUGAUAACGAUUACGAUGUCGAAACUGACGAACCGUUCACGACAACGACGACAGUAGGAAAUGUUGAUGAUGUAACAACAACAGAAUCAUAUUUCGAAGUGGAAGAAGAAGCUGAAGAAGAAGAAGUAAUCGAAGAAGAAGAAGAAGUUAAAAUUCAAAAAGAUAAAAGUGAAAAUUUUAAAGAAAUUGUUGAAAAAAUCGAAACGAUUAAACAACAACAAACAACAACAACUAAAAAACCCGUACCUUUGCCAUCACCACCACCACAACAACCACAACCCCAACCCCAACAACAGCCAUCAUCACCAAUGAUACGUCUUAAAGGAAUAAAUGCAUGUCCGGUAAAAGAAGAAGUUGUCGCGCCAUUUUGGGCAAACAACACAAGAGGAGAAGUGUUGGCAUUGUUAAAUCUUUAUCCUUUCGAACAAUACGUACAUUGGGAAAAAUGCACGUACGAACAUAAACAAAUGUUUUGCAGAGAAGGUUGCAGAUGCGAACAACAAUACAGACUUCAUCGUCUUUUAGCAUACGAUCCAAACAACGAAUGUCGUGGAAUAUUUUCCGAUUGGUUUCGUUUUCCUUCCUGUUGCGUUUGUAAAUGUUACGACCUACCCAUGGAAUUUCGCCUAACGUCGAGAUCACCCAGGUAUCAAAUUAUCAAAGAACCUGAAAAAAUGGAUGACGUCAAACCGUGA